AAACGAGAUAGACAAUCGUCUCUCCCUUAUUAAUUGUACAUCGCACGAUUACACAAUUUGUUAUUCUCAAGAAUCUCCUCGGGAGCAGUAGACAAUCAAGAAAACGUAUAAUCCUUCACACCGGCGGAUUCAACAUCGAAGUUGAACAAUCUCUCGAUCGUAGACGUAUUAAACUAAAAAAAAAAAAAAGAAAAAACACGAGAAGAAUUCAGCCAAGUCGAAGAAGGCGCGAACACAGCCGAGCACGAACACGUCGAGGUGACUUAUGAUGGGCUGCAGACCGGCAGCUAAGUCGAAGGUGGUGGAAGGGUGCGGUCGCGGGCAGCUCGAGGCGGCUUUCGCGUCGCCGAGGUGUAACGAGGUGACGAUCAUCGAGCUUCCCACCGAGAUCGUUCAGAAGCGAGAGGAUCGUUCAGGUCCGAGCGGCGCAGCCGGGGCGGAGGAGGAAGAGGAGGAAGAGGAGGUUGGCAAGGAGCGUGAUUAUAGCUCAGAUUGGGCGAGGUCGAGGCUCGAGUCGAGUUUCAACAGAUAGCUGCCUGCCAAGUGAGGAUGCAGAGGCUGCGCUCGACCUUCAAGAGGUCGCGCACCCCGACGGGAGCGGAAAUGAAGUCGCAGUCGAGCCUCGAGGUGCCGAAGCAGGUGAGGUCUGCCUCCUUCGACGAGAUCCAAUUGGAGGCUAAGCGGCACGACGACGGGAGGGACGCCAGGUCGACCAGGACCACGUCCUCCUCUUCUUCCUCCUGCUCACCCGCCAGGUCCCAAGACUCGUCCAGGGGUAGGCGAUCCGCGACCCUAAGAGUGCCCCAACUGCAGAGCGGCCAACGAUCCAAAAGCUUCGACGUGAGCGAGAGAAGUUAUGGAUCCUCCUCCAGCCAACAAUCGUCCCUGGGAAGGGACGUUCGCCGCCCCGAGACGCCCACUAUUCAAGUCUCGGGCUGUUACCACUGUGCCUGCGUGGAGGAGUACAAGAGUCUUAACCUGAGCAGGGAUGAGGACGAUCCUUCGUCGAGGGAGGAGCUCGACGACGAGGUGGACGAGGGCGACGACACCUCGGGCGAGGACGACGAGGACUCCGAGUUGGUGGACAGGAGCGAGGGUAGCCCUGAGAUCAGGGUCACUUUGGCCACGUUCACCGAUAAGGAGCAGCCCGGUGAUCCGGUGAUCGAAACGACACCGCCGCCAUCGCCCACCGUGGUCCCGGAGAUCGUUCCCGAGAUGGUGCAAGAGGACACGUCGGAUAUCAAAGGCGGUCUAUUUCCGUCUAGAGAACGAAGAAGGUCGAUCUCCUCGCCUAAACUGGCCCGACAAGAGGCUCUUACCUCGUACCCUGUCGAGCUGCCUACCGUGGUCAGCUCGACGGAGGACGAAGAGAGGGCGGAAGAGGAGGAGGAUGAGGAGGAGUUGGGCCACGUCGGAUCGGGCAAAUGCAAGUUCGUCGUCAGAGAUAUCUUUCUCACCGUUCCUGAGCUGAAAAGGGAUAGGGCCGCGUCCGUCGACUCCUGCUUCAACAAUAAAAAUGGGCACAGCGAGGACACCGACACGUUGACUGUCCCUCAACAAAGUAUACGGUCGAAGAGCGUCGAUAUCGUUCUGCCUACCGAGGCGCAGACGAGAUACACGGCAUUGCUGCCCGGCACCGAGGCUCGACCUCCAAGAGGAGGGAGAGAGGAGGGUGGAACGAGUGGUGGUCACCGUGAACCCCGAUCAACGCCCGAUUGGGGUACUGGUGCGCUUAAUGGAGAACAUCUUUGGGUACCGACGUCAGCUUCCGGCGACUUCUGUUACGUCAACGACUGUUCGAAACAUGGGCCCCGGAUGAAAUGCGCCGCCUGCCGAGUAGUUGCCCACGCGGUGUGUGCGGUGAGCCUAAAUUUCGCCUGUAAAUCGAGUUUCCGGGACGUUGGGGUCCGCCAAUACCGGGAACAGACAAACACUCUACACCACUGGGUACACCGCCGCUCGCAGAAGGGAAAAUGCGCGAAUUGCGGCAAAUCGUUCCAAUCGAAGCUUAGCUUCACAUCGAAGGAGAUCGUCGCUGUGAGUUGCAGCUGGUGCAAACUCGCCUACCACAACAAGGAGGCGUGCUUCAACGUUCAGAAGAUCGGCGAGAAUUGCGAGUUGGGCGUUCAUUCGUCCAUCAUAGUGCCGCCAUCUUGGAUCGUGAAGCUGCCCAGGAAGGGCAGUUUCAAGAGCAGUUUGAGAAAGUCGCCUAGGAAGAAGAAGUCUGGGGGUAGCAGUGGCAGCACGUCGAGCAGAAAGAAGUCGAAGGAUAAGGACAAGGAGCAAGAUAACAAGGAUCAGGGGAAGUUGUGGGUGGUGAAACCCAUACCCACGCCCACCGUGAAACCCGUGUUGGUCUUCAUUAACCCGAAAUCGGGCGGGAAUCAAGGUGCAAAGUUAUUGCAGAAGUUUCAGUGGCUGUUGAAUCCUAGGCAGGUGUUCGAUCUGACUCAAGGCGGACCCAAAAUGGGGUUGGAAUUAUUCAAAAAAGUUCCUAAUCUUCGAGUUCUCGCGUGCGGUGGCGACGGUACCGUCGGUUGGGUAUUGUCCAUCCUUGAUCAAAUCGGCGCAUCCCCACCCCCAGCGGUAGGCGUGCUUCCCCUAGGAACCGGAAACGAUCUGGCCAGGGCUCUAGGAUGGGGUGGUGGUUACACGGACGAGCCGAUCGGGAAAAUUUUAACAAACAUAGGAGAGAGCGAGACGGUGUUGCUGGACAGGUGGCAGUUGGUCGUCGAGAGGAAUCCUGACGCGCAGGGCGACGACGAUAACGGAAAGGGCAAAGAGAAUCUACCUCUAAACGUCGUUAAUAAUUAUUUCUCCCUCGGUGUGGAUGCUCAUAUCGCUCUUGAAUUUCACGAAGCUCGAGAGGCGCAUCCAGAGAGGUUUAAUUCACGGUUACGGAAUAAAAUGUUUUACGGUCAAAUGGGCGGUAAGGAUCUCGUGCGACGGAAGUGGAAAGAUUUGUCGGAAUUUGUGAUGUUGGACUGCGACGGUCAAGAUUUGACACCGAAACUGAAGGAGCAUCGUGUUCACGCCAUAGUUUUCUUGAACAUCGCCUCGUACGGUGGUGGAACUCAUCCUUGGGGCAGCGCGAGCGGAACCAAAGAACCAUCGACGGAAGAUGGACUGAUCGAGGUCGUCGGUUUGACCACGUACCAGCUUCCGCUUCUUCAAGCAGGUGGCCAUGGUACGUGCAUUGCUCAAUGCAGCACAGCUAAGCUAGUUACCACGAGGACCAUUCCAAUGCAGGUCGAUGGCGAGGCUUGUCGACUGUUACCAUCUAUCAUAAAUCUAAAAUUACUAAAUAAGGCAACAAUGUUAGCGAAACGAAGAAGUUCGAGCAAACCGCAACAAGACGUCAAACUGGAAAGAUUAAAAUUGCCGGUGAUGAAGAUCAAGAUGUCAGAUUACGAGAGAUAUCAUCAUGAUAAGGAUAUGUUAAAAAAAUCCGCUAUCACGUGGAUUAUGGAACCUCUUGAUCUUGACGCUACCACAGACUUAGAAUCUUUAAGAAAGAUCCUGGCGAAAGACUAUAACAUGGACACUUGUUGCUUCCUCGAUUCAUGCACUGCGGAACGAUUCUUCAGAAUCGAUAAAGCUCAAGAACAACUCCAUUACGUGACCGAUGUAGCUGUCGAAACGGUGUACGUUCUCGAAGAGAACGCAAAUCAAUCGAACGAAUCCGAAGAAUCGAAGAUAUCUGUGACUCAAAAAUCGGAAACUAACGUAUCAUCAAGCGAAGAACAAACAAAGAAAAGUGCAGCCAUGACAAAAGAGCAGCCCAAAGAAGAGCAAAAAGAGCAGCCCAACGAAGAGCAAAAGGUGCCUAAAGAAGAACCAAAGGCGCAACCUAAAGAAGAACCAAAAGCACAGGCAGAUACGGAACCGCAGAAUGCACCACCUGAAACAUCAACUGAAACAAAGACAGAGGUCGUGACUCCGAAAUCUCAUGAACCGAUGAGUAAUAACACGUCUAAGGAUGUAUCUCCAAAUAUGAAAAAGGAGGGGAACAUAUCUGGAGACGCGACCAAACAAAGCAGUUCCUCAAAAUCGAUCUCUGCGACGGUUGCCUCUCAGUCGCAACAUCAAGCACCACCCACCUUCAUUAGUCCACGAGAUAGACUUUUUGGUUUGAGUUCUGAGGUUCACACCUUUAACACGGGAUUAUUGGAGAAAACCAGUGAUGGUAUUUUGAAAGCAGCAAAAAUAGGCGAUCUACAAGCUUUGAAGGAACUUCACGAGAAAGGAUAUUCCCUUUUGUCAAUUGACUCCACUGGACAAACUGCUCUACACUUAGCCUCGAGAUAUGGUCAUAAAAAUAUUGUCAGAUAUCUCAUCGCUUGUGCACCACCGACUAUUCUGAAUAUGAUCGACAAUGACAAAGGUCAGACCGCUCUGCACAAAGCGGCUCAAUAUAAGCGUCGUUCCAUUUGCUGCAUGUUGGUAGCUGGUGGUGCUACUUUAAUCAUCAAGGAUCGACACGGCAACUCACCUCGCGAUCUAGCCCUACAAGCAGAGGACCGUGACCUCGCAGCGUAUUUAAGCAGUCAAGAGCAGUUCCAGCUGACAACGGAAGAAAUGGAGAACUCCCUCUGACCUCCGCCCUUAAUUAGUAGGGCUUGAAUUGAUCCAGUGUGUAGGAACAUCAAGAGAAAUGAUCCAGGUGUGAACGAACAACGAUCGUCACCAACAACGGUCAUCAUAUGAUACACGUUCGUUUUCUCUGUUUUUUGCGUAAGUCGCAUGUGAUAACUCGAUUAUUCCUUUUAUCGGCAAAUUAGCGAUGUCGACGUAUAUUUAUUAAGGUGCUCUCCAUUUCCUUUCUCGUCGAAGCUUCGAGAUCCCUUUCCACGAGCAUGUAAAUUAAUUACAUUCUGUAUAGAUAAAUUAGAUAUACACAUAACACGUAUAUACGCGUGUCGUGAGAUUAGAAAUUUUUCGAUCGAUUAAGAACCUCUAUACAUAUAUACAUAUAUAUAUAUUUUUAAAUCGUACUCCAAUUAGACGAGAAAAUUAUUUAUUAUUGUCUUUUGAGUCUCGUCUUACCAACGAAGAAAUCACGUAAAUGUUUAUAUUCACCGAUUUUUUUUGAAUUGAAAUUAAUUGUAACAAUAAGAAUGCCGAGAAAUAACACGCGUGCAGAUGAAACAGGAAUUAUCGGCAAAAGAAUUUUGCUCAUUCGGGAUAUUGCUGUUAUAAAAAAUCGUAUUCGUAUCGUAUGAAUUUUAAAAAUAUGAAAAUUUUCUUAGAGAUGACCCAAGAAGAGAAACCGAAUUAGUGAGAGAUUAGGAUUAAAGGAAAAUGAUUUAAUCGGAAAUUUAAUUAUAGUUAAACAUCAUAAAGACUAAUCUUCACUGUAUUCUCGUUUAUAUGAUUUUUAUUUUAUAUUUUUCUACGUUUCCAUUUCUAAAUAUUACGACAGAUUAUAAAUAUUUGACAGAUUAUUAAGUAAAUUAUCUCUAUUGUAUUGAAUUUGUAGCGUUGUUGUUCCAUAAUAACGUAGACACAGAUUUUUACAUUUUUCGCGACUAGUGGCGCCAUCAUCUUCCUUAAAUGCAAAGGAUGCAUAAGUAUAUAAGGUUAGUGUUCACAGAGUUGGGCAGAAUUUUUUCGUUCCAGUUAUUUAGAUCUAUAUUGAGACUAUUAGAGGAUCGUUGAUUCACGUAAGAAAUUUGUUUUUAUGCACGUUGUGCGCAUUGUUACGAUCGUUGUUCGGAUAAGAUUUUUUCAUUUUCGAUUCGAAGAGGUUAUUCGUAAGAGGUGUAUUCGAAAAAUUUUGUUAUAAUCGCGUGAUAAUCGGAGGAUGAAGAUGAAAUAUAUUUAUCGGUUAUUUGUUGAAUUUUAUCGAAGAGAAAGAAGUUCUAUCCGACUCUGCUGGUAUCCCCAAGCGUUCACUUUAAUAUCUCGUUAUAUUGUUCUCUCCGCUUGUUCUAGGAUACCUCGUUGCAUUGGAUAUACAUAUCUUUUUCUAUAAAAAAAAAAGUCUCGCGUUAAUAUACAUAUAUAUUAUACAUAUACAUAUAUUUUCUACGUACAUUAAAUACUGAUAUAAUAUUUAUUGUUCUUAAGAUAAAAAGAUUUCUUCACGAUGCUGUUUUAUUCUUGUCCGUGAACAUUCGUUGCACUUCUUGCCACUGCUUGGAUAUACAUGGAAAAACGCGUAUAUACACGUGAUUUUAUAUUGGAUAUACAAGCUAAAGAAAAAUGGAAAAUGAAAUGGACAGUUAUGUAAAAAAUUGGAUAGUUGGAAAAUACUUUCGAAUUUUCAUAUAUGGGAUCGGUGUGAUAUAAUUUAAUGUGUUUGUAUAAUCUGAAAUAUAAUUGUUAGAUAUAUUGUUUUCGUGAAUCAUUUAUAAUAUCUAAAUAAAAUUAUAGAAUUUUGAUAAAAAAAAAAGAAUAACGUCGAUUUAAAGAAAAAAUGUGCCAAUCAGUCGAUGAAUCGGUGGAAACUUAAAUCACGUUUGCAUUGCUUUUUGAUUCAAAAUGAUAUUGCAUAUUUUUAUAAUGAUAUAAAUUAAUAAAAAAACAUAUUCAAUCUGUAAUAUUUCAAACCAAGAAUCUUGAAUUCAAGAUACAUUUUUACGUAAGUAAUUUAUUUUCUUUCAUUUAUAUUUGAAAAUCAUUUAUAUUUCUAUAUUUCUAUAUUUUUCGAUUCGAAAGUAAUUCAUAAUAAUUUUUAAAUCAUAAAAAAAUGAUAUUUCCUAAGAAUUUUAUUUGGGAAUUCGUGCAUUGUAAACAUGUAAACACGACUUAAAGUUUCCAUUAUCCAUUGCUAUACACCGAUCGCGUUAAAAAUUCGAAAGAAACAAAAUCUCUGAUGUACCAAGCAGUGAUGUUCACCUAUUUAAGCGAUAUUAAUCGAUUGAGAAAUGAAAAGAAGCAGAGAUCGGAUGAAGAAUCGGCGAUCAAUAGUAUAAAAAAGGAUAAGAGAUCGGGAAGAAGAAUUAUCAUAACUCGGUACCAAAAUGAAAAAGGGGAUCAACGUACGAACACCAAUUAGCUCUUAAAAAAAAGACGGUCUAUCGUCGCUUAUUAUUAUACUAUUACUAGACUAUUCUAAUUUUAUUGUCGAAUUAUAUCGUAUAACGUAUAUAUAGUUACUUCUUCGAGCAUUAUUCGUCCUAUGGACAUGAUGAGAUCGUUGAACAAAGUGGAGCCACAAUGAUAUAUAUAUAUAUAUAUAUGUACAUAUAUAUGUACAUAUGUAUAUAUAUACAUAUAUAUAUGUACAUAUAUAUACAUGUAGAUAUAUACGAGGUAAGUUAUCCAUGUUGGACACUCGCGAAUCCAUGUUCACGAAUGUUUAAUAUCAAAUACUCUCGACUAGAUUCGCGUUAACGUUCAAGUAUUUAAAUAACCACCUCGACAAAUUUAUUAUGGAGAAUAAUAGUUUCUUAUUUCAUCAAGCGUGUCGCGUAUAUAUAUCUCUUUUCUCGCGCUUUUCUCAAGGGAUCUUUAAUCCCUCGUUUUCAAUUAUAUAACGAUCUACAUAUUUUUAUUAUAAUUAAUGAAAGAGGAAAAAAGUUCACACGAUCCAAAGGAUUCGUGUGAAACGAUUCAACGAUUUCACGAUCUAGUUGUAUAUAUCAUUCAUAAUUCUCGUAUGGAGAAAACUUAACUCUUAUCAAUUAACCGACGUACGAUCGAUGUUCAACGUAUAAAAGAAAAAGAAGAAAAAAAAAAAAAGAUUUUCUACGAAUCUAAAAAGUUUUCGACUUGAAUCCUAGCUUCGAAUUUUAGCUAAUUUUGAACGUUGAAAGUAAUAGGGGGGAGAAAGAAGAAAGGAGGAAGGGGGGAACAAGGAGAGAAAAAUAGGAAAUCGAAUUCGAACGGAUCGAGAGAUAUCGAUAUUCGCGCGUGUCCACUCCUCGUUGUGUCUCUUAUCCUCUGUAAUUAAAACUGAUAUUUUUAAGCGAUCGAGUUAUAGAUCGAGUUUAGAGAAGUUUCGCGGCAAGGAGAUCGCGCAUGCGCAUACCUGCCGUGUAUCAAGUAAACUAGAUUGUAAGUAUACCAGUAGAGAGAAUUGAAGGUAUCCAAUAACGAUGGUGAAUCGAUUCUAGAAAUGCCUUCGUGCGUAAGAUACUGUUGUUCUGAUUAUUUUUUAUAUGUAGUGUAAUCACGAUGCCUUUGUAAUUUUAUCCCGAGAAAAUGAGCCACGUACAUCGAGCGAAUGAUAUCGAUAUUUCCACUGUAUUUAAUGUCCCUAUUAUACUUAACGAGAGCGAGCGUGGUCCUUCGCGCGAUGAACGUCGGCCACGUCGAUUUAAAAGAAGCAUGAGAAAGCGGAAGCUAGAAUUAAAUCACGCUGAGCAGCUUUAAUGUAUUAGUUGAAAAUUUUUAUUUAAUUUAUAUAAAGCCUUAGUCUCGAUUGUUUAAGUUAAGCUGAGAGGACGAAAUUUUUUUUUCUUAAUUAAAGUGAAUUUUAAAUUUACCAAGUAUUAAAUUGAAAAUCUGUUGACUUUGUUAUUUGAAUUUUAUUAAAUUUAAAUUAAAUUGACGUUUCAAAUAA